AAAGGGGCGACUUGUUAUACCCAACGGAUACAUAGACCGACCACCAUGAGCAAUCUUGAGAAAACCCUCUUUCAACUGAAGUUCACAGCCAAGACUCUGAACAGACAAGCAAAGAAAGCUCAGAAGGACGAGAAUUCUGAAAAAGCACGACUCAAGAAGGCUUUACAACAAGGCAACAACGAUGGCGCACGGAUAUAUGCCUCCAAUGCAAUAAGGAAGAAGAGUGAGGCCCUCAAUUUACUGCGGUUAUCCAGCCGCAUAGAUGCUGUAGCGAGUCGAGUCGAGACAGCGGUGACAAUGCGGCAGGUGACAGGGAAUAUGACAUCUGUCGUACGAGGGAUGGAUAAAGCUAUGGACUCGAUGAACCUAGAGAGGAUAUCACUCGUGAUGGACAAGUUCGAAUCUCAAUUCGCCGACCUGGAUGUACAGACCUCGUACAUGGAGGACACUAUGUCAGCUACCACCGCCACAUCCACACCUCAAGACCAGAUAGAUCAACUUUUGAAGCAGACCGCAGAAGAAGCAAAUAUUGAACUUCAGCACGAUUUGGCUGCGAAGGACCUGGACAAUGUCCCAGAUUUGGCGGCACCGAAGGAUAAAAUCGGGGAGGAAGAUGACAAGUUGGCCGAAAGACUGAGGGCUUUGAGGCCCGCGACGCAAUAAGGGUGUAGUGAGGAUCGUCAGCCUGCGCAUACGUAACGCUACUAAUUUCGACCGUGUUAUUGUAGGAUUAUUUUGCUUAGUUUCAACUGUCAACUGUAUAACA